UGACACGCGCGUGACCAAAUUCCUCAUUUGAAUUCGGACCUAAGCGCCGUUUUAUGAAAUCCACUUUAAUCCAACCCAACACAUCCACAUUCAAAAUCGCGUCCACUCCCCUCGCUCCUCUGUUCAAAUCGCAGAACACUUCGUUCUUUGUUCUCACUCUCUUCUCUCUCUCACACUGUCGCUCUCUCGCAGGAGGGUUUCCAGUCCCGAGGCUGAUUUGAAUUGGCUUGAGAUGGAGAAUUCCGAAUCGGCGCAGAGCGUGCGGGUUGCCGUCAACAUUCGGCCUCUGAUCACGUCGGAGCUUAUGCUCGGGUGCACAGAUUGCAUCUCCGUCGUCCCUGGUGAACCUCAGGUGCAAAUUGGGUCACACGCUUUCACUUAUGACUAUGUUUAUGGUAGUACGGGAUCUCGGUCGUCUGCAAUAUACGAUGAUUGCGUAGCUCCACUUGUAGAUGCGCUUUUCAAUGGCUACAAUGCAACCGUUCUUGCGUAUGGCCAGGUUACCCACCAUAACAUCUUCCAGGGAAUAGGUACAUGA